UUGGGUAUCUGCAUUCCAGAUGUGCCGCCAUCUUGAUGUGAGCGAUACGGGACAGUGGGCAGUAUAGGUUCAGGUUUCUCAAACUUUCGAUCUGAGUCUCCGGCGGUCAAAUCCAUUUGCAGGACCUGAAGUUACAUAUUCUCACCAAGAGGAUAUCUGGAGUUUCCUGCCAGGGUCCUCAAGAAAACAUAACACAUUUAGAAACUGAACAAUGUGGGCUCACAGAGAGCAAAACAAUGGACAUUAGGUCACAUAAUAUAACAGCUGUUUAAAUGAAAUAUUAAAAUUAACCAGGAGAUACUGAGAAGAAUGUAUAAAAAGUAAUUGCAGAGCAAAGUGCUAAAUGUGAAGAAAUAAAAAAUAACAACACUUCACUGGUUUCCAUGGUGAUUCAUGUAGAAUUAGCAUAUUGCUUAUAGAUGUGUGGUUUCUCAUGUAUUAUGUGUCUGCAGAUUACAUUCUCCUCUUUAUGGCUGCAUUUAAAGGGCCUUCAUCUUAUUGUGCUUUACAGCAAUGUCUCCGUGUCCGGUCUCUCUCCCAUUUAGCCCUUUGAUAGAUAAAGCCUCAUUUAAUCCCUUCAUUCCCCCACUCCCCUGUUCUCUCACCUCCAUGUGUCUGUUUACAUCGGUGGACUGUUUCCGGAUCCUUAGCUCCGCCUCCUCGCUGACACGUUCAACUGCUCAUUGGUUGCCUUCAUGAUGCCCUCGCUAUCUGAUUGGAGGAAGGGGAACUGGCUCCGCCCUCGCAGUCACUCGUAUUGGCUGUUUACUUAGAGCGAUGCAGCUCUUUCACACCACGUGACGCUCUGCCAGGCCCCGCCCCCGUCCCUGUAUCCACGACAACUGACCUCGGCUCCUCCCCCUCUUAACUUUGUACUGGCGCGUGACGUCAUGCUGUAACGCUUCAUGUUGCGGAGCUUUGGGACGUUGCUGUCACGGGCCGUUUGCCCCAGUCAGCCGUUUCCGGUGGCCCGAGCAGCCAGUGGCCGGACUGGAAGUGACGUCAUGGAUUUAGGGUCGAUGCGGAAGAGUUACCGGAGUGAUGAAGAGGUAAUAGGUCAUGACCUUAGAUUAGGAGGAGCAUGGAGGAUGGGCAGGGUUAGAUUGACCCAGGUUACCAGCUGUCACCAUGUCUGCCUAAAUUGACACACCCAGAGAGAGAGAGAAAAAAAAUAAACAUUUAAUUUCUCUGUAUUUAAAGGAACAAUAUAGUCACCAAAACAUCUUUAGCAUAAUUAAGCCGUUUCUGUGUAUAGAUCAUGCCUCUGCAGACUCACAUUUCUAUUCCUGAUCCUAUGUUGUUCCUUUAACCUUAAAAGUUUUUUUUUUUUUUUUUUUCUCCUGUUCUGUAAAUUGAGCUUUACAUACAGAAGGCUCCUGCAGGGUCCAGCAAGUCAUUAACAGUGCAAGAGAAAAUAAAUUCUAACUUAAACAGAAUUUUCAAUAAAGGAAGUGUAAACAUUAGAUGACUCUUUACAGGAAGUGUUUAGGAAGGCUGUGUAAGUCACAUGUAAGGGGGUGUGCCUAAGGCUGCAUAAACAAAGUGAUUUAACUCCUAAAUGGCAGAGACGUGAGCAGUGAGACUGCAGGGGAUCUAUAGACCGAAACUGCUUCAUUACUUUGUUUUGAUGACUAUAGUGUCCCUUUUAACAAAUAAGUGUUUGUGAAGAAUGAGAAAUAAAAAUAAGUGUAGAAAUCAAAACCACUUUUUUUUUUAUCUUUGCCCUGACGCAGAGUGUCUUUUUUGGUUCCCUAUCAUUGGUAUGAGCUCUGCAGAAAUAAAGCAAUUAAGUCAAUACAAUUCAUCAAUAUAGAUACUUAUACACUGAUCAGCCACAACAUUAAAACCACUGACAGGUGAAACAAAUAACAUUGAUUAUAUAGUUAAAAUAGCGCCUGUCAAGUAAACAGUCCUUGAAUUCCAUUUGUUGGAAGCAGGAAAAAUGGGCAAGUGAAAAGAUCUGAUUGACUUUGACAAGGGCCAAAAUGGGCUACAGAACUGGGUUAGAGUGUCUACAAAAUGGCAAAUCUUGUGGGGUGUUGCCGAUAUGAACUGUUGUCGGUCAUGUGCGUCCAAAGCUUAUUGAUACAUGAGGGAACGAAGGCUAACCCAUCUGCUCCUGUCACACACAAGGGUUACAGUAUUGCAAAUUGCUGAAAAACGUAAUUCUGGCCAUGAUAGAAAGGUCAGAACACAGAGUGCAUUACAGUUUGCUGUGUAUGGGGCUGCACAGCCAGAGACCAGUCAGAGUGCCCAUGAUGACCCCGGUCCACCGCCAAAAGCGCCUUCAAUAGGGAUGUGAGCAACAAAACUGGACCAUAGAGCAAUGCAAGAAAGUUGCCUGGCUUGAUGAAUCACGUUUUCCUUUAGACCAGGUGGACGGUUGGGUGUGUUCAUCAUUUACUUGGGGAAGAAAUGGCAGCAGGAUGCCCUAUGAAAAGAAGGCAGGCUGGCAGAGGCAGUUAUGCUCUGGGCGAUGUUCUGCUGGGAAACUUUGGGUUCUCAUUCAUGUAGAUGUUGCUUUGACAUUUACCACCUACCUAGAGAUUGUUCUGCUGGGAAACCUUGGGUUCUCAUUCAUGUAGAUGUUGCUUUGACAUUUACCACCUACCUAGAGAUUUUGGCAGACCACAACACUUUUUGCGUAACCAUUUCACCGACAAUCUCUGCUAAAUAUUGGAGUAAAAUUGUGUUUUUUCUCUAUUUUGGCAUAUACACAUAUAACAAGGUUUUUUGUAAUGUGUAUUUCAUAAACCUAGUGUGUGCUAUCCCUCAUAUUGUGUUCAGCUACAUUUGCUGAGUACAACGAUACCCCCAUUGUAUACAUUUGCCCCUAUUCUGUGAAGCUACAAUGCCAUAUAGGAGACCAUGCUAUUUCAGUUUCUAUAGUUGGAAUUUUCAUAGAUGAUCAUAUGUCUGAUUUUGUGGCAUUAUAGCCAUUUAACUGUUCAAAUAACCCCACAAAGGCUUUCCAUUUGAGAAAGCAGACACUCCAGGGUAUGUUAUUAGGCAUAUGUUAUACCUUAACUUGCCACCAUUUUUUCACCAAUUUAUUUCAAAUUUUGUGGUGAGAAAACAAAAAAUUACAUAUUUUUUUACAUACAUGUUGCAUUUUCGCUGGGUAUUUCUUACAUUUGAUAAGUGCCACUGUCAUAAAUUCCCCCUAAGUAUGCUCAGUUACCUCUUCUGAGUAAAACAAUAUGCCCAAUGUAUGACCCAGACACUAUUUUGUGAAGUUACAGUGCUGUGAAAGAGACGUGAUAAGUUCAGAUUUUUAAGUCUGAAUUUACAUGGAGAGUUUUAAUGGGUCCGUAUUCUGUUUUUAAAUAUGUUCGCUUAGCAGGCUGCUUUUUCCAAUUACCCCAAAAAGGCAUACUAUUUCUUAAAGAAGACGCCCAAGGGUAUUUCAAAAGGCAAAUUUUGAACCUUAGCGUGGCAUCAUUUUUCCGUUCGCUUGUAUCAAGUGCAGUGGUAAUAAGUAUUUUUUUUUCUGCCUUUUUGACACAUAGUGAGUUUGUACUGUAUAUUUUGCAAACCUAAUUUGUGCUACGGCUUUAUAAUACUUUAUAUGUUGCUCAGCUAUGUUGUCUGAGUACAGCAAUACCCCCGGAUGUACCUUUGCCAUGUGUAUGUGGAUGUUGAAGGGGCAGACACAGCCAUUGCAGGUUUUUUCAAACUUUGCAUUUUUACGCUGUGUUGUUACCCCACUUUGGAGUUUUUUAGCAGGCUACAUAUUCCAACUAUCCCAUAAAAGCAUACUAUUUCAUAAAGAAGACAUCCCAGGGUAUUUCAAAAGGCAUAUUUUGAACCUUAGCGGGGGAUCAUUUUUCCGCUAGCUUGUACCAAGUGUAGUGGUACCAAGUGUAGUGCUUUUUUGACACACACAGUGAGUUUGUACUGUGUAUUUUGCAAACCUUAUGUGUGCUACAGCUAUAUAAUACUUCCUAUCUUGCUCAGCUAUGUUGCCUGAGCACAGCAAUACCCCCAUAUGUACCUUUGCCAGGUAUAUGUGGACAUUGAAGGGGCACAUUUGAGACACAGCCGUUAAAGUUUUUUCAAACUUUAAAUUUUUACGCUGUGUCCAUACCCCACUUUGGAGGGUUUUUUUUUUUUUUUUUUUGUAGGUUAAUUAUUCCAGCUACCCCAUAAAGGCAUACCAUUUCUUAAAGAAGACACCCUAGGGUAUUUCAAAAGAUGUAUUUUGAACCUUAGCGUGAAAUAAUUUUUCCGCUAGCUUAUACCUUAUGCCUUUUUGACAUACUCAAUGAGUUUGUAAUAUAUAUUUUGCAAGCCUUAUAUGUGUUACAGCAGUAUAAUACAUCAUAUGUUGCUCCGCUAUGUCAUCUGAGUACAGCAAUACCAGGUAUAUGACAACGUUGAAGGGGCAUAUUUGAGACACAGCCAUUUAAGUUAGAAUUUUUACACUGGGUCCAUGCCCCACUUUGGAAUUUUUUUAAUAGGUUGUGUUUUCCAUUUACUUCACAAAGGCAUACCAUUUCCUAAAGAAGACACCCCACGGUGUUUCAAAAGGCAUAUUUGAAACCUUACCGUGGUAUCAUUUUUUCACUAGCCUGUACCAAGUGUAGAGGUAAUACGCAUUUUCCCACUUUUAAAAAGUUUUAUUUAGCUUUUAACAACUUAUUUGAAAACUUUGUUUAAACUUUUCAAAUGUUUUUUUUUUCACUUUUUAACUUUGUUUAAACUUUUCAAAAGUUGUUUUCACUUUUAAAUAGUUUUUUUUAAAAACUUUUAACCCCUAACUAGCCUAACCAUAAAUCCCCCAAUUUCCCCACUAACUUCUACCCACCCUAGCUAAAUAAAUAAAUAUUUUUAAAUAUUUAAAUUAAUUAAAUACAUUUAACCCCUGAGGAUAAAAAAAAUAAAAGUUAACCCUCAGGGGUUAAAAAAAAAAAAUCAGAUCACAGUGAAAUACAGGCAGGCAGUGAUGCACAAGUGAUCAAAGGGCAGGGAAGGGGUUAAAUUUUAUUUGAAAGAGGUGAGGAGGGGUGGGAUUUUGUACCUAACUUUUUUUUCUUGCAGAGAGAGACAGAUCAGCACCGAUCUGUGUCUCUGCAGUUCACAGCUCACACAGAGCUGCAGGGAAACAGAUUGGGUUUCAAUGCAGCACGUGUGAUCGCUCUGACUCCCGGUCAGAGCGAUCACAUGGGCUGAAUCAGUGAAACUGCCCAUGGUAGUGUGCCUCCGAUAUGGAGACACACUACAGGAAGAUUAACCCCACGAUUGCCGCGAUUGUGGCAAUCAGGGGUUAAUUUUCAUUUUGGACGGAAAUUUUACGUCCAGCGUCCUUAAGGGGAGUGCUGCAAUGAUGGAAAAUUUCUGUCCAGCGUCCUUAAGGGGUUAAGGUAACUUUUAUGUUCUGUAUUGUUUUGGUUUUUUUUUUUUUUCAGGACGGGGGGGGCACUAUGGAACAGGGAAAGAACAUGAGGGGGAGAGAGAGGAAUGUUAACGGAGGGCACUAUGGUACAGUGAAGGUAGAGGGAACACUGGGGUGGGGGCGCUAAAAGAUAAGGGAGAGGAACAUAUGGGGGGUGGGGUCCUACCGCACAUAUUUACACACAAACACUCUGCAUCCACUACCCACACUGCAUCCACUACACACACUGCAUUUACUAAUCAAAUACUCUCACUGCAUCCACUACACAUACAAAUAUAAAUAUUCUUGAAAACAUUAAAAAAAAUCUGACUGGCAUGUAUAUUUUGUGCAUUUACCACUUAAAGGACCACUAUAGUGCCAGGAAAACACUCGUUUUCCUGGCACUAUAGUGCCCUGAGGGUGCCCCCACCCUCAGGGCCCCCCUCCCGCUGGGCUCUAGAGGGUGGAUGGGGUUAAACUUGCCUCUUUCUCCAGCGCCGGACGGGGAACUCUCCUCCUCCAUAGCAACGUCAUCGGCUAAAUGCGCAUGCAGGAGCCGCGCGCGCAUUCAGCCAGUCAAUGUGAAAGCAUUAUCAAUGCUUUCCUGUGGACGCUGGCGUCUUCUCACUGUGAAAAUCACAGUGAGAAGCGCCUCUAGCGGCUGUCUAUGUUUAUAUAAGAAAGGGUUAAUCCUAGCUGGAUCUGGCACCUAGACCACUUCAUUAAGCUGAAGUGGUCUGGGUGCCUAUAGUGGUCCUUUUAAUAAAAAAAUUGCAAAAAAUAAAUCUUUCUCGAAACGGUAAAUGUACAGAAUAUCGGUAAGCUAUUGGCCUGAAAGUUCACAGAUUAUCAGUAUCUGUUCUAAAAAAUCAAUAUCGGUUGAUCCCUAAUAGUCUUUAUGUGAUUCUGGUGACUAUAGUGUCCCUUUAAGCUUUAACCUGUGCACCUAGCGAAAAUUUACAGAGAAGAUGAGAAAUUCAACAAUAAAUAUAAUAUAAUAUAUAUCCAGAAUCCCUUGCAGUAGUGAGAGCACUGUUAAAGUAAGAUUUCUGUGGUAAAAGCAAGUCUGAUGGCUUGCGUGGUGUGUGUAUUUGUGUUUAACAUUGCAUUAACAUUUCCCCACCACAACUUAGUGUGUGUGUGUGUGUGUAUGUAUGUGUGUGUAUAUAUAUAUAUAUAUAUGUAUAUAUAUAUAUAUAUAUAUAUAUAUAUAUAUAUAUAUAUAUAUAUAUAUAUAUAUAUAUAUAUAUAUAUAUAUAUAUAUAUAUAUAUAUCUCUAAACACCCUACAUAGCACAAUGGCUUAUGGGGCUGGCAUAGAUUUUUUUCCAGGGCUGCUUCGUAUCCCCAGUCCGGCCCUGUGCAGUUGGUCAGGUCUGGGUUCAGCAACAUUAUGUGCACAAAGAAUGAGGUAAGCUGACUACCUUAAUAUACUGAAUGACCAGGUUAUUCCAUCAAUGGAUUUUUUUCUUCCCUGGUGGCACGAGCAUAUUCCAAGAUGACAAUGCCAGGAUUCAUCGGGCUCAAAUUGUGAAAGAGUGGUUCAGGAGGCAUGAUACUUCACGUUCAGAGUCCAGAUCUUAACCCCAUUGAGAAUCUUUGGGAUGUGCUGGAGAAGGCUUUGCACAGUGGUCCGACUCUCCCAUCAUCAAUACAAGAUCUUGUUAAUAUCACUAAGCGGAAAUAAAUCUUGUGACAUUGCAGAAGCUUAUUGAAACAAUGCCACAGCGAAUGCGUGCCGCAAUCAAAGCUAAAGGUGCUCCAAAGAAAUAUUAUAGCGUGUUACCUUUUUUGUUUGGCCAGGCAGUGUGUGUGUGUGUGUGUGUGUGUGUGUGUGUGUAUAUAUAUAUAUAUAUAUAUAUAUAUAUAUAUAUAUAUAUAUAUAUAUAUAAUAGGAUGAUAGCUUGGCACUCUCGUUACCAGGAUUUAAAGUUCAACUGCCUGGGUGCAAUCCAGAUGCGUCCAAUAUAUAAACAGAAGAAAUCCAGGAUGCACACUCAGGUCUUUGUAAAGUGCGAUGUGAUUUAAUUAAUAAAUAGGCAUACAGCAAACAAAAUCGAUGUUUCGACCCCAGCGGGUCUUAACAUCGAUUUUGUUUGCUGUAUGCCUAAUUAUUAAUUAAAUCACAUCGCACUUUACAAAGACCUGAGUGUGCAUCCUGGAUUUCUUCUGUAUGUGUAUGUAUGUGUGUGUGUGUGUGUAUAUGUAUGUGUGUGUAUAUAUAUAUAUAUAUAUAUAUAUAUAACAAAAAUUAAUAUAAAAGGAGCACUCACAGGUCUUCAUCUGAAUACUAAUUUAUUCCAAGGUGCAAAUUACAUGUGCAAUCGACUUUCGACCCUCACAGGUUCCCUCCUGGCACCAUUCACUGCCAGGAGGGAACCCUCCACUCCCCAGUGGUAUUUCACCAAACAUUUUCUCAACCUUUUUGCCACCAGUGCAAGUCUCCUCCUCUCUGCUAGUACUGCAAAUGGUAUAUCACCAUAUAUUGCCAAUAUGUUGCCUGUCCCUUGUUGCUAUGUCCCUUGCGAUUGCUAUAGUGUCUCUGGGGACUUAGCUAGGCACUGCGGCGGACUUUCUCACUCGGAACAUGGAGGUGAUUUGCGGGGGGUCUAUGCACCCCUUAACUCCCAUAGAUGUAAUCAAGUCUCUUGUGAGCUGUUCAUCUUCUACCGAUUCUGGGAUUCCUCAGAUGCGUAUGUUAUGGCGUCUAUGCCUUGUCUCCAGCGAUGUCAUCACUCGGCUCAUUUGUUGGAUUAGUGAGAAGAGUCCAUCUACUUGCUUCUUGGCUGCCUUGAUUUGGUUGUCUCUUGUAGCCUCUCUUGCCUCCACUGCCUUUACUUUCUGUUGGAUUACACCCAUUUCAGUUUUUGUUUCCAAUGGGUCCUAUUUCGAGACCUUCCUAAGGUCUGUUAGUAGGCUCUUUAUGUCUCCUUUUGUUGAUAACAUACGCAUCUGAGGAAUCCUCAUCUGAUUCAAAGUGCAGGUAAACUCCACUCGGGGUAGGUGAGGCAAUAGACUCCUCUCCCUUCUUGGAGUCCUCGGAGGCCUCCAGUUCAUUUUGAGUUUUGGGCGCCCUCUUAGCUGGUGGUUGCGGUGCAGGCCUUUCAAAAGAAAACUUAUUAUCUGGCAGACGGGGAAUUUUUGGGCUAUGGCUCUUUUUUUGCGCUCUAUUGCAAUUUUUGCACCCUAUUGUGUCGUCUGGGGGGGUACUGGUAAGUAUUUGCUUGGUAAACAAAAAUUUUUUGCGGCUUUUGUCUCUAUUUUGUGGGACCUUAGCAGAGCUCCAUGGAAAGACGUCUGGUGCUGUUCUCAGUCGGCCACUGUAACAAAUCAAUAUUUUGGCUCACGAUCCCAUAAAAAAUAAAAUUUCCAAGGGAAAAUAAUUAUUAUUUUCUGCUUUCAUUGUCUGUAAUCCCCUAGAGUGCUACAUAUAUGAGUAAUAGAAUAAAAUGUACUAUAAAUGUUAUAUACCCUCCCCCACUUGUUAGCCUAUUUAAUAAUGCUAAUUUCCAACAAGAUCCAUACAGCUAGUUUUUGCUACGUAGAUGAUAAAUGGACUGUCUAAAGUUUGUUGCUAAAAAUACACUAAUAAGCAUUUAUCCUUCAAAAAGACAAAAAAAUUAAAAGAAAUAAUAUUUGAAGUAUGCUGUUAUAACAAAUAUGUGGAUGACAAUGUCCCUUUGGGGUAGACAUUGUAAUUUGAUUGAUAUAUUGUGUUAAUGUGGAUGUAUAGAGGAAUUUGUCUUUAUGACAAGUGAUGUAUGCUUGUACACAUCUAUAAUGCCUAGUCCCAGAAAGCAUCCAACAAACCCAUGCUGGGUGCAUUGUGGUAUUGCAACCACCCGUGAAGGUGAAAGUAAUGUAUACUGAAUAGCUGUAGUUUUAGAGAACAUUUAUAUUCUAUGUCAGUGGUAUAUUGUUAAAAGAUGCAAAGUAUUGUCCAAAAAUCACAUUUUAACUAACAUAAUGCAUAUAUUAUAUAUACCAAUUUUGAUAUUAUAUAGUACAGGUUUUGCUCAGUGUGCAUAGAGCACUCCCAGCCUAUCUCCUGCACCCAACUUCCACAUUUAAGCCAGCAGGAGGAGGAUGGGUGCUGUUGGGAGCUCUUUGGGGUGUAAGCACUCCUAAACUAUUUAUCUACUUAAGGUAAGACAGUGCCCAGGACCUCCAAGCACCAUAAUCAUUUUAAAUUAGUUGAGUGUUCCUUUAACAAUUUUGCCCUUCAUUUUGCUAUCCAAAUUUUAAUUUAUUACAGUUGGAAGUGUCAUGAUUAAUCCUGUUUGAUAAUGGUACAACAUACUUUGAAAGGAAGAGAUCAGAAAAAAAAUGCAUUACUCUAAAGAAGCACAAGAGAUCACACUGUUCUCAAACUGCUUAUGAUGUAAUAGUGCAUGGCGUGAUACUUGAACUCUUGCAUGUGGUGUUUUUAAAUUAUUUUUUUAUUUUUUUAUUCUAUUCAGACAUAAACUAGAGCAUGCCAAAUGACUCAAAAUUUAAAGUAGGAUAAAAAGAUGGGGAUCCAAAAAAAAAGAUAAUGUCCUGCGCUCGUUAUUUUUUCAGUUGAUAUCCCUUUAUUUGAAACCGAUAAACAGCAACAUUUGAUUAUGCAUCGUAUAGUCAAACAUUGCUGUUUAUGGUUUGCAAAUAAAGGGAUAUCUUAGCUGGAAAUUACCUUCUUUUUGGAUUCUGUAAGCUGGAGCACGAGUCCUUGCACCUUUCAUCCAAAUUUGAUUUAAUUCUGCAAACCCCCUUUCACACUCACAUUGCAUUGUAAAAAGGAUCCCAUGACAUCAAGAUGAAAACUUUCCUUUGCAUGCAUAUGUGGUAGGAAUGUACAUGAAAACACUACAAGCGCUGUCCCUAUGUAGCUAAUUUUUAUAUUAAUUAACUUUCUCUCAAACACUGUGCUGUAGCCUGAAAACUUUAAGUAUUUGUAUUAAUUUAUAUUUCUAUAUUCACAUGUCCACAAAAAGUUACCCAACCAUUGUUUUCUGUGAAAUAAAUUAGAUUUGACAAAUGUAGUGAAAUAGCCUCCAAGAUAAGCGCUUAUGCUGUUAACAUUUUAUUUUAUUGCUAUGUGGCAAUUUUUAUAUAACUGGUGUUGUGCUUGUUAUUUAAGAGUCUUUUUUGUUUGUUUUGUUUUUUUCAAUUUAAGAAAUAGUCACAAAGAAUGAUCUGGUUUGGGAUGUUUAGCCUAUGUAGAAAUUGUACAUGUUCCAAAUAACAUAAAACGGUCCUUGUCCUCAUGGGAAACAAGUCUCUUAGAUAUUCUUACACAUGAUAAUGGUCUCCAACGGUAUUUUAAUUUUUAAAAAAUUUUUUUUAUAUAAUUCUCUUUAUUAUAGUGUGUGUGUGUGCUAACUUUUUUUUUUUAACAUCUGUCUCCCUUACAGGCAUUUGAAGAAAGCCACCUAGCUUCCCUUGAUCCAAUUAUUCAGUUUAAUUCCUGGUUCCAAGAGGUCGCUCAAUGUUCAGGCAUUGCAGAGCCAAAUGCAAUGUGUCUGGCCACAGCCACCAGGUGCUGUUUCAUCACUUUUUAUUUCAUUUUUAAUAUCCACUUGCCUACCUACUCUCUUACAUUUCAAGCCAGCUUAAGCUAGUAUCAUUUUCCUUCCUGAAUCAUUGCUUCUGCUCAUCUCUUACUUUUAUUUUCAAUUUUCUUUCAGGGAUGGGAAACCGUCAGCCCGCAUGGUCCUCCUGAAAGGAUUUGGUUCAGAUGGCUUUCGAUUUUACACAAACAGAGGAAGUAGGAAAGGAAUAGAGCUGGUAAGAAUAUCUGCCAUCUAAACUGCAGAGUGCAUAUAUAUACAUGCUGUACUGAUAUCGGAAAAGCAAGAAAGAGUUUUUUCCAUUUUCUCGGUUCUAUAAUAAUGAGGAUAUGUACAGUACACCAAUAAUCCUUUAGAGGAGUAGUAAGAUAAUUAAAACUAUAGGUUUGUAUUUUAUAAGACUUGCAGAUUCCUCUGAUAAUUAGGAUGUCUUGAGAAUAGUACAUAUAAUAGUAAAAUGUAUCAGGGAGCACAACAAUAGAUGUAUAAUCUAGUGCUCUAGUAAACAUUAAUAAGUAAUAUUAGUAUAUAAAGUAAUAAAACAUAUAGACAAAGACAGGCCACUAUUAAAAGGAAAGAACACCUAUUGCACCAUUUUAAGGGCUUAUCCCCCUUCCUUACAUCUAAAGGGCUAGUAGGGAAUGAUACUAGACAAACAAAAGUCUGAAUAGUGCAGCCCACAGAGUCCUCACAAAAAGUCGUCUAUCUGCAAGAUGUAACUCCAAAGUGGAACCUCAAUCAGGUACCUGGCUAUUGUGGAGAAAGAGCGCCAUGCAAGAUUGAGAAGGUCAUGCAUUUGAAAAGAGGAUUUCGAAAUAAUCAACUUGUGCUUGACUAGCCUACUACUCUGUAGGGGGCUGCAACAUCUGGAUGUUGCCAGGCGUAUCCUGUAGGAUAAUGUCAAGUGGUUUCACCUGGUUCCAUUCCUAUUUCAGAGCCCUCUAUUCAGACUUUUGUUUGUCUAGUAUCUUUCAGUACUGGAAUCUCUACUUUAGUUGUUAGGAAGGUGGGUAAGCCCCCUAAAUGGUGCAUUAGUCAUUCUUUAUUUUGUGUUUUUUCUUAUACUCAUAUUAGUUAUUAUUGCUUAACAAAGCCUUAUAUUACACAUCUGUUGUUGUGUUCCCUGAUACCUUUUAAUUGUUAUAUGUACUAUAAUAAUGGGACAUUAUAAUAACACCAACUAUAAUAACUGUACGCAAUCUAAUAUCACCUCUGAAAAUCUUACUGUGUGUGAGAGGUCAUCUGUCCUAAUUCCAGUUCUACUGGAUUUUUAGCUAAUAAAAACAGUAUGAUACACCAUUCCUUUGAUUCCUUCAGUGAGAGAGAUUUUCCUCAAUGCCCCUGCAGAGAAAAUAAGGCCCAGGCUUUAUUUACCUCCUGUAGACUGUAAGCACAUUUGAGCAGGGUCCUCUUCACCCUAUCGUUCUUGUAAGUUUUUUUGUAAUUGUCUUAUUUAUUGUAAAAUCUUCCCCUUUUAUAAUAUUGUAAAGAGCUACGGAAUCUGUUGGUGCUAUAUAAAUGUCAAUAAUAAUAAUAGUAGUUUAUUGGGGUGCGGUAAGGGUAGGGAUGGCUAGUUUGGCUUCUAGGUCAGGGCUAGAAUAGUUAGCAUCUCAUACCCCCACCAGAUGACAAUAAAAUGAGGAUGUGAUUUUGACACUGGCUGGUUCCAGGUGGUGAUACAGAAAGAACGUGAAGUUAGAUAUUCACUGCAAAUGUAAUCAUUGACAUCUAAUCAAUACAGAUCGCUAACAAGGACAUGCUAGGCCAUAAUGACUUUUUAAAGUUCCUGGCAGCUAAUGAAGAUGCCACUCAGCGAUCAAUACUCCCCCUACUCCAAUGACUUAUUCCAGCAGCAAUUUUCUUAUUACCUGUAAUUACUGUGUGGGACUUACUGCAUGGUGAUGGUUUCUGCAAAGCAGCACUGGAGAGAAGGCCCUAAGUCUGUCUCAUUCAAACUCUGCCUGACGGUCUAAGGUUUGCAGGAGGUGUAAGCUCUCCUCACUCACUGUGUUAUAUGGAGAGGCAGUGCCAACAACACUCCUCAUUUAUAGAAACGUGAUAUCAUGUUUGCCUAAUAAUAAUAAUUUACCAAUUCCUGAAUUGGGAAUUGAAUUGUUGAUAUGUAAUUACACUUGCUAGGUUAAAUAACAAAAACAUCAUUUUUGUCUGGUCACACAAUGCAAAUCAGAUGCUAAUUCACCUGUAGUCUGUGAAUUUGCAUAUAUAUUUAGUUUACACACAGAUGGGUUAAAAAUCGUUGCAGUCGGUUCAUUUAUCAGCAUCCAUGUUGCAAACAAAUUUUUAUCCUAGUAUGUAAAGUGAGAGGAUGAUUAUUUAAAGGAUGAUUCUGAGAAUAGAAUUCUGAGUUCUGCGUUGGGAAAAUUGAGUAGGAUACAUAUGCUCUUGAAACAGUGCGGGACCAUCAUUUUUACUUUUGCUAUAUACUGGACUAUGGAUUCGGAGGCCAAUUGCACCCUUAUACGACAAAGAAAGUAUAUGAGCGCUCACCAUGACUAUUAUUUUUUUAUUGAAACACUGCUCUAACAGCUGAGCUCAUUACAUUCCAGAUUAUUCACUUGUAUCUCAAGUAGACCAUUCAUAGUACAAAAUGUAGCUAUGUAGUGCUACAGACAACUUGAGUAAAUCGCAGCACACACAAAAAAAAAGUAUAAAAAUAGUAAGACUCAAGGAUUACAAAGUAAACAUUGAAAGGAAUGAAAACCAAGUUUUUAUACAAAUAAGCUCUUUGGCAGGCUUAGGACAACACCUUACAGAAUAAAAAUGGUAAGGGGCAUGUUAACUUUUCAUGCUGAAAAGGUAAUCUUAACCCAGUUGUGUGUAAUGAGUUUAUUAGUGAAGAAUGAAUUAAAGGGAUAAUCGAACAUUAAAAAUAAAUAGAUUUGUUUUUAAUGUUAAUGCAUUUAGCAUGUUAUCUUAUUCCCAAUCUAGUACUUUUAUAGAGAAGCAUUAGGGACCUACCAGCAUGCUUACCAGUCACCAUAUUCAGCCAAUCAGUUGCUUCUCAUGAGAAGCAUUUACAACAUUUUGCAAGACUAUGCUAUGCUUGAUAAGAACAAAUUUGAAGACUUUCAAUUAUUUAAAUGUGCCUUUGGUGACUGUCUAGAUGACAAACAUGACAAACACUAGGAAGUGCCUCUCGUGACUUGCUGAUUGACAUCCUCUAGAGGCACAUUGACUGAAAAAUUUAAACAUUUCCAUGUAUCACUGUUUACAAUUGUCAGACUGCUGAGACAGAGUCUUAGCACCAAAAUCACAUUAUUAUUAUUAUUAUUAUUAUUUUAUUAUUUAUAUAGCGCCUGCAAAUUCCAUAGCGCUGUACAAUGGGUGGACUAACAGACACAUAAUUGUAACCAGACAAAUGGAAGCACAGGAACAGAGGUUUUGAGAGCCCUGCUCAAUGAGCUUACAUGCUAAAGGGAGUGGGGUAUAGUGACACAGAGGGUAUAAGUAGGGGUAAUGAAAUAGGUUGCUAGAAAAGUAUUCACUGAGAACUUAGUAGGAUAUUUUUGACAAUUGCAGGAGAGGAGUCAUGGGGGCGGUGAAAACCGUUAACAGUUUAGAUGAUAUGCUGUCCUAAGGAGUGUGUUUUCAAAGAUGUUUUUGAAGAAGUGGAGACUGGGUGGUGAAAGUCUAACGGAGAAGGGAAGGGAGUUCCGCAGAAAAGGUGCAGCCCUGGAGAAGACACUUUAAGCUUUGUUGCUUAAAGUGUCCAUUUAGCCGACCAGAUAUUUGUAAUGUUAUAUAGCAGAGGAUGUCAGUAUGUAUAAUGGUCACUACCUGGACUUUAGGGUUUGAAACCUGACUUAUUGCAGGCAGCUCAUUAGGUUACAAUAAUUUCUAGCUCAGAGCAAGAAGACAUACAACAUAUUUUGCAUUCAGCCCUACUUCAAUGCACUUUUGUUUUUAAAGUUAUCACCCACACUGAGAUGACAUCUGGCCCUAUGCCCCACUUGGCAGCAAGCCUCUGAUUGUCAAAGUGAACUGGUGUACAGCUACCAAUUUUGCCAUCUGAAUACCUAAAUUGUGAAAUCAUCAGUUGCGUAAAUAUGUUCAGGAUUCCACUUCUGCAUAUUCUAUUGGUAAGAAUUUAUAAUUGUAUCACAGGUAUACUUGAUGUAUUUAUGUUUUAAUGAAUAUUUUGCAUCACUUGUUGGUUUUUCUCUGUGUAUAUUUCAGAGUUGUGUGUUUGUCUCUGCAGGAAGAAAACCCUGUUGCCUCUCUUCUCUUUUUCUGGGAGCCCUUGAAUCGACAGGUAAAAUGAUUUUUGUUUCAUCAGUUGUUUUAUUUGACCUGAUGAAGAUCCUUGCCUCGUCUGUUAAUUUGACUUAAUAAUAAUGCACACACUUGUAUGUAUCUAGCCUAAUUGCUUUGUCUAAAGUAUCAAUCUCCAUGUUUGUUUUUGAUCAUGUCAAUGCAAGGAUUGCUUCUGUGUGUGGCUGGAUUUUCCUUAUUUAUGCCUUCUACAAAAAAUACAAGAAGGCUGGGUAGUAGGGACUGGUGAAGAGAUGAGGGAAAAUAACGCAAUCUUGGGGUUCUGGAGAUACUUAUAGAUGAUUCCACCUUCAGUAUGGUUAUGGUUCCACUUUAUGGUUUAUUAUGAGGUACAUACAAGAUCCAGUAAACUCACUCACAAAAUGCAAUAGUGUUUUGUUUUGUUUUUAUCAAACUUUACAUUUUGAGGUUGGUGUUUAGUGAGUAAGUCAUUGUAUGAAUUGGCCCCAGCAGGACCCUUCUAAUAGAGGUGUGUGUGUGUGUGUGUGUUUGUGUUCCUACUACCCAUAAUUUUCUUUUCCUAUUCAUAGGUGACACCAACCUCUCCUACCCCUGCCAAUGCUCCCUCCCCCCAAUCCUGCAUCCUCCUCUGUUUUAUACUUACUCACAUCCACUAUACCACCAGUAAAGUCCAGUACCGCCUGAGGUCGUGGCUGCAGCAUAUGCUUCCGAGUGGGCCCUCUAAAGUACAAACGGGAUAACUCUCGCGGGGUCCCAGAUGUGUGCUGUUGUCAUGGCACUGCUUGUUCCAGGCUGGGUUAGCAAAUCUCGUGGAAGGCAGAGGGUCUGAGAGAUGGCUGCAGCUUCGUUCAGGUCUCGGACAGUGUGGGCAGAGUCCUCUUUCGAUAUGUGGAGUAGCCGCGGUUAUCUCCAGCGGUAUGGAAUAUUGUGAGUGCGUAGCAGUGUGGUGAAGGGUUGUAGGGUUUUCCUCCAUUUCAGGGUGUCCCCAGAUAGGUUGGCGUAAAACGUGAGCACCAUGUUCUCAAAAGAGAGCGGAGAAGCUCCCUUAAUUGCUGCCUGUACUGCUGCCUUCUCCCUACCAUUGCUGAAUGUGACCACCAAAUCUCUAGAAGCGGUCUCUGGAGCUUUCCGAGGCUUCGGGAUUCUGAGUAUCCCAUCGAACCUGAUGCUCUUAGCUUGUUUCAGCUCAUUAAAUGCGGGAGCUCCGCAGCUGGGAUCUCCUCUGGGAUACCUCAGACCUUGAGGUUAUUUUGGCGUCUGGCAUCCUCCAUCAGUGCAAAGCGGUGUUUGAAGGCUGUUUGCUGUGCCUUUAGAGUCUGCACUUCGUUGGAGAGAGUUGUAAGUUUUUGAGCUUUGUCUGCUGCUGCUGUCUCCACUGUCCCCAAUCUGCUCACCAAGCCAGUUAGUUUAGCCAGAAGAGAGGCCAUGUCAGCCUGUAAGGUGAGCUGGAGGCCAUGUAGCAGCUCCUUCAGAGUGGCAUUUGUCACUGGAUUAGAGUCUGCAUUCUGUGGGGCUGUUGGAAGGGGAGGUUGGUUGGCAGCACCCAUCCGAAGCAUCGACUCCUCUGAAGAGUGUGAAAACCCAUCUAUGACUGCGGCCAUCUUGGGCCUGCAUGCUCUGUGUGUUUGUCUGAAGAGGUCUUCGAUAUUCGUGCCCGAUCGGGUUUCUGUUUUUUUUCAGCUUACAUCCCAUUGCUGCUGGCUGCACCGGUAUCCUGUCUAUCGGACGGUGAAAACGGCUUGGAAUUGCUAAAAUACAGUGGCAAUAUACGGCGCUCGGCUGAAAUGCGGCUGGUUCGUUCAGCAGCUUGGCCCCACCCCUACAAGUUACAAAAUUUGUAUCUGUUUUUUACAUCUGCCUUACUGGACUCAUACGGCUACAAUCUCUACACUUCUCACUGAUUGUCGGGGGUAGUUGCAAGCCGCAGCAAAAUCGGGGUGAUCUCACGCUGCCUACACUAGGGGUGCCAUGGAGAAUCCGCCAAUACCUCUCUUGAAACCCUCCGAUGCCGGGGAGAUAGGGGGAGCUCGCUGAGGCCUAAGGGCGACGGGACAGGGGAAGGACAGCCGACUUCCCCGAUCUCAAGUUUGCCAUGCGAGCCACCCUCGCUCCAACCCCUCCCACUCCCUUUAGACCGGCGAGGGUUAUCCCAGUCCCUGCUGGGCUGACUCUCGCAAUCCUGAAGCAUUUUAGGACAGCUCCUGCAACCACAGAGUGCAUACCCACGCAUGCCUAACUCUGCCCUUCGCUGCAGAAAGCAACAAUACGAUGUGCCCCCUGCAGAGACUGGAGGCAAUAUUCCAGAAUUUCUGGGUCCAACUAGAAAGGGGACUAGUGACAACCUCGCUGCGGCAUACAGUUCAAGCUCGCAGACAAACCAGCCUACCUGACAGGCUGCCCUAGGGACACUAGUUUCGGCAGCAUCCUGUCCCUCUCCCAGCCACACACCCAAGCCGUGGAUUACCAGGGACUCUACCCCUUUCCAACUCACGAGAAGGCGGAGGGUUACACUCCAACAGCUGCGACGGCACAGAGCCAUGCUUCCUCACCCGCGGCGGCGGGAAACCACGCUCCAACACAGACGGCAACAGGGUGCCGUGCCCCAACUUCUGCUCCAGCAGAAAACUGCAAGCCACCUGCACCAGCAAUGGCAUAUGUGGACUUUUCCCACCCGGACUUUCAGCACCUGAACCAGUAAAAUAGACCUACAAGUCCGAAGUGAUGGGGCCCUAAUCCGACAAAGCCAGACCACAACCCCCUACGGGCUGCCAUAUUCCACACUGGGCCUACCUAUAAUGGGAGUGGGCUGACGCCUUAACCUCAAUGAAAACAGGCUUAAUACCCAUGCAUUUAACCCAGUGAGAGACUCAAAAGCAAUACUGUCAUGCUUUAAGUCAUCCCUCCUUAUUUUGUUACUCAACCACCCGCUUAUUGCUGGUAUUUUUUUAUUACUAUAUGCAACCCACUUGGAGCUAGAUCGGCACCAAUAGCAUUUAUAUUGCUAGACUAGCCUGCUUCUUAUUUGCCUAAUCUUAAUUUAAUUUAUUGCCACCUACAGUUUUAGGCGUAAGCAUCCGUAACCAUAUAGAGAUUCCUUUAACUAGGAAUGUAUGUACAAAGCCUGUAACACAACACGCAGUUAAAGCACAGUGUAGCAUGAUACCUGACUCGCCUCAAAAUCCCUUAUAACAAGACAGGCACAUCACUAUUAACACUAGUGGUUUAAUAUGCAUUGUUAUCUUAAUAUAUCUGCACUAGACUUAAAUCUAAACUAGCAAAACAUUGGUGCCCUAUUUGCAUGCCAUGACACUGUUUACCCUGUUUGUUUUAUUUGUGUGUGCCUGCUGUUGUGGCAACACAUGCCAGUUUGUAUCCCUACGCACCUAAAAAAACAGAUAAAAAAAAAAAAAAAGAAUACAACCAGAAAAAUACAGGAAGGGAUUUUCCUGGAGCAUACAGAAGAUUGCAGAAUAAAAUGCCCUAAUUUACCCACAGAAGAAAACCUGAUGUAUUACAUACGUGACCCAAAUAAUGUAACCAUGACAAUUAAAGACAAAACUUUUCAGGUAUCAGUUAAAGCUAGUUUCCAGUGAGUAUUUUAUGUGGAGUAUUCUGCUGGCUAACUUUUAUUAUCCUCUCGUAGAGCUGUUCUAUUAAACUAAGCUAAUUUAUGAUGGCUAUUUUAAACCACAUGUUAAGGUACAAUGUGCUAUCACAUCAGCCAGACCACCACACUUCUUAAACAGUCACCUUUGAAAUGAAUGGGUUAUCAGAAAGAGGAAUGUUUUUUAAAAAAAAGUUGAACUUUGUUUUAUUUAUGUCUGGCCCUGAAGCAAGUACUGAAGUUUGAAUAGACAUGUAAUAAAGAUAUUAUCAUAUAUAUCUUAAAGAUAUCAUGAGGAUCAUAAAUACCCUUCAUCUAUGGAUCGCAACUAAAUAUGAUCACAAUCGUUUUAAAGUAUACUUUUAUCCUUGUUUUUUUAAUUAAUAUUUUCAAAACUUCAUUGAGUGCAAAAUAGCAGCAAACUGUUUAUAAGCAAGAAUGAACAACAGACGGUACAGAAUAAGAUGCACCCAUAGGCAUCAUGCACACUGGUUUUGAAAUUUCCAUCACUAGAAGUAUAUGGUUCUCAUGAGGUUUUGCUUUCAUUUAGGUUCGGAUUGAGGGUUCUGUGGAGCAGCUUUCAGAUGAGGAAUCUGAAAAAUAUUUUCACUCUCGUCCCAAAAGUAGCCAGAUUGGAGCAGCUGUGAGCAGACAGAGUCAAGUUAUUCCUGACAGAGAGGUUUGUGGGAAACGUAAUACAGGUUCUAUAAGUCAUUGUUUUCCAAGACACCACCUGUCACCAUAUUUACUUACAGAUACCCCUCUCUCUUCAUUUUAUCAGGUGCUCUAGUAUCUCCUUCUACAUAGACUCAUAUAGUCACAUUUCAUUGCAUUCUCUCAGAUACUCAUACUUCUUCUUCUGCAGUCACCCAGUCACUUUCCUAUGUUCCGUAUACCAUAAGGUUGUCUUUAGUCUCUCUGCAUAUGUCCAAAUACAGUCACUGCUCCCUCUACAUACUCCAGUGCACCACUAAGAUUCUCACAUAUUCUCAAACUGGCACCCUGUGUUACACACUGUUUUGCAAGUAAUUUUGUUUUGCUUUUUUUUUUUUUUUUUUUAAUGAAGUUAGUAAUAAUGUAUGUUUGCAGCACUUUAAAAUCAUUAAGAUCUUCCACCAUUACAUAAGUAUCACAGAUGCCUUUACAUCAUCAAUAGUCACAUACUUACUGACGUGACACGCUUCUCUUUUGCUUUUUUUUCUGUCAAAAUUAAAUAGAUUCCCCUUACAGAAUGAACACCAAUUCCCCUCCCCCCCCCAUCGUGCAAUUUCAAAUUUCUUGUACAUUACAUAACUUGUUUACCACAGUAUCUGCGCACAAAGAAUGCUGAGCUAGAGGAGGAGUACAAGGAGAAAGAAGUGCCCAGACCUCCUGAGUGGUGAGUUUAACAAUUGUUUUAUUGGGCUGGAAAUCUCCUUUAGAGAUACUAAUGUGUUCCCCACUUAUUCCUCAGGGGAGGUUACAUUAUUCGCCCAUCUGUCAUGGAAUUUUGGCAGGGACAGACCAAUCGUCUGCAUGAUCGUAUUGUUUUUCGCCGCCAAAACGGAGAAGAGCACAGUCCCUGGACACACAAAGGGGAAGGGGGUUGGGUUUAUGAGCGUCUUGCUCCAUAAUGUCAUGGAUACAUAAGUUAUUCAACUUAUUCCAUUGAUGACCAUUUUGAGAGAUUCCACUGUGCCCAUCGCUGAUGUGUCUACCUCGAAAUGAUUGUGUUUGAUUGUGCUGUACAGUGAAUAUACACCUCAUCAACUCCUCUGUGGGCUGAGUCUUGGUGGUGCCUCACGUGAUGUGAGCCAAUGUGCCAUAACCACUAUUGUACGUGACAUUGGCCCUGUAUCUCCACCCUCAUAUUGUGCCGUUGAGAAUGUACUUUAAACUGACAUGGUGUAAUUAGAUGUUAUGGUAUGUGAAUGGAUAAGUGCAGUCGGUUUAUAUAGGGAACAGAUAUCUAAAAGAUAAAGGUUAUAUUGAAUAAGCUUUGGUAAACCAACUGUUAAAAAAAACAAAACACUUGUUACAUAGAGGAACUUGUUAAAAUAAAUGGAGAACACAAUAUUGUGUGUUGCCUUUCUAUUAUUUUUUUUACCUUUGAACAGAAUGUGGUCUGGCUUUUAAUAGCUUAUAUAUUAACAUUACUGUGUAUUGCCGAGGUAGCCAAAAUAUAUUCUUCAGCGGUGCAGAACUAUAACUCUCUUCAUGUUUUUGAAGUUUUAAGGCCAGCAAAGAAUCAUGGGUGUUGUAGUUCUAUAAUAGGUGAGCAUGCGUAGCAUUAUUUUUACCCACUAUGGUGUACUGAUAUUACAAGGUACACAACACUUAAGGGACACCCCACAUCAUCAUGGUCAUUCACUAAAUUGAGAGUUUAAAGUAGCUUUUAAAAAAAAAUUCACAUUUAAGGGCAAAGUAACCAAAUUGGACACAUAGCUGACUCUCAGGAGUAUUAACUAAAGUGAGAAUUCAAAGUGAAUUUCAAAUUCAAGGUAAAAAUAGCUGAUCAGUAAUCAUUCUCUUGCUAUGUUUCCUGUUCAGCUACAUUGACCUUCCAUUUGGAAUUCACAUUAAAUUCUCACUUUAGUGAUUAACCCUACAUGUAUAUUGGCAAAGGGAUACAUUUACCAUCAGAAUACCUGUCCUCGUUAUGGAGCCUGUAAGCCAUAAUAUUAGUAAUUUGAUUUGGACAAUAAAAGCUAGUGCAUUUUUUCCAAAUGAUGCAUUAGUAGAUGGAUUAAAAGAACUACAUUUACAAGACAAGCUAGGUAUAUCUGGCCCGAAUGUAAAAAUAAAGAAAUAACAAGUUGAAGGGUUUGUUUUUUGGUUUUUUUUGUUAUGUUUGUGCUGCAGAUAAAUCCCAGAAGAUUAUUAUCUCCAAUACAUACUGAUUUCACGUGAACACUUAGAUACUUUACAUUAACAUUCUAUGGAGAACUACAUUAAACUACAGAGAGAAACUGCAGGUGGCGUGACCUUUGAUCUCUAAAUCACUGUCAUUUAGGAAACAUGACAACUGAAUAGAGAGACUGAAUAUGGCAGUCACGUGUUGAGAGAAUGAGUCACUGGUAACACCUUGUACAAACAGAGAAGGUAGAAUGUGGCAGUAAUAAAGCUCUCUGAGGGAGCGGCUGCACCAGUGACCUAGCAGUCAAAUGUGACAAAAUAGGCCACAAAAGAAGGUUCACAAAGGACUAUACAGAAACUUAAACUAAGAAGAAGAUGGCAAGCAGAUUUCAAUGACUGAGAACGCAAACAUACAGAGGGAAUAUAUAUAAUAUUAUUGUUUACUAGUAAAGGGGCACCGCAGGCUUCAGUUGACAAAUGUAUUUUUAUUGUUACAUAGGUAAUGCCACAUAUGGGCAGGUAAUGGUCACACAUAAUGUUCCUGCAGUUGCUGAAAAUUCCGAGGCAUUGCAACUUCUCCAAUCAGCUAACACCAAUCCACAUGAGAACUCAUGCAAUCUUGAUGCUUUUAGAAACUUCAAUGGCAGUACAGAAUUUAUUACACAUGAGUGAUCUAUGGUAACACCAGAGGUCUUUUGGAGUUGCCCUCUAGAUGUCAGCUUUCUACUGUGAGAACCCUGCAGUACAGACUCUCAGGAUAGUAAAAGUACUUUAACAGACAUAGGGAAGCUUAUAGCUGAUUUGAUCAUUUUUUAUUUGAUCUGAAUUUAUAUCGGGUAUUGAACCUUUAAGAACCAAUAUUCCUCAAUGCGAAAUUCCAUUUCUGAUGUCAAGAACUUUAUUAUCAGCCUGAAGUGGCACAUUCCAGUCAAUUGUUUUUGUUGUUUAUAGUACAGAAGCGAAUGUAAAAUAAUUAUGCUAAGAAUAACACCAAUGAGUCCAUUUGGCCAAAAUAUGGCCACUCUAUGACUUUAAUGACUUCAUAGAAAAGAAAUGGAAUGG